UCUCAUGACAAUAAGUGUAGUGGAAAUUCAGAGUGAAACUUUGAAUAGACAUAUCUAUAUUUAUAUCUAUAUCUGUAUACAGAGAUGGAGGCGUACAAGAAAGUUAUGAUUGUGGUUAUGUUAUUGGCCUUUGCCAAUGUCACGAUGUUGGUUAAUGGUCAGACAUUUUGUCGCACAACAAAAGCUGGCCGCGACGCAUGCAAACCGUAUGUAAAUGGAGAUAACUCUGUUGAUAAUCAAAAUCCAAGUUCUGCUUGCUGCUCUGCUAUUGCUAAGGCUGAUCUUCCAUGUCUCUGUCAAUACAAGAAUUAUCUUCCCUUAUAUGGUAUUGAUCCAGAACAAGUCAUGCAACUUCCGGUUAAUUGUAAGCUUACUAACUCCUUCCACUGCUAGUGGAAGUUGGAAGCAUAUAUGCAAGACUACAAAAUUAAUAAUGUAAUCCAUGAUUUUUCUCUUGUUUUUGUUUUUAUUUUUGGUAAACAAGUGUUAGUUGUUGGUUUAUGUUAGUAUAAUCGGGGUUUGAACUUGGAACCUUCUUUUCGGACUGCUUCGAAUGUCUCAGCUCAACCACUUCGGUUAUGUUUUAGGGGUGUGGUUGUGUUUUUUAUUUUGAUUCCAUUGUAUUAUUGUUGUUAAUUAAUGCUAAUGUCAUGGACAUGCUUGGUUAA